UAGUACUACUCUAGUAGGGAGUAUUUACUAUUUAGAUUGUAUUUUUCUCCCACUCCCAGAAACCUCACUCAAAAGUCACUCCUCUUCUCAACUCAAAAACUCUACUCCCGACUCCCGAGGGACAACCCCACUCUUAACCAUUUUCUCUCUCUACGAAUUACUCUGCUCCAUUGAAGUUAAGUCAAUCUUCGUCCUCAAGCUACUCCAACUUCGAAUAUCACUAUCAUAAAUUCAUUUAAUAAUAUUCAAAUUAAAUUUACACCUCUAGUAAAUAUCUCAAUUAUUGAUAUUCUUACAGUCAGAUUUAAUUCGAAUGGUUUUUUUUAAUUUAGGAAUAAUAUAUUUUAAAGCUUUUUAGAGGGUUGUAUGGAUCCACAAUCUUCGCUGAUGAAUGAAACGACGUCGUUUAAUCUAUCUGAGAUCUGGCCGAUUCAAAUGAAUGCCGGAGCCGGUGGAGCUGCUUUGGACCUCCGUCGUAGCCCGUUUGGGCCGAAUUCGGGUUGGUUUGUUGAACCGGGCUCCAAUCUGGAUGUUUCCGGAAAUGAUGGCGUUGCUGCCAGGAAGAGGAGAGAAAAUGUUGAAGAUGGUGAUUCCGGCAAGGGUGGUGCGUGCAAUGGCAUGAGUGAUUCCGAUGGUAAAAGGCUUAAAUCAACAGGAUCAGGGGAUGACAGUCAGAAUCCUAAAUCUAGUGGUAUAGAGAAUUCCGGAAAAGGAACAGAACAAAAGAGUAAGCAGGCAACUGAGCCACCGAAGGAUUAUAUUCAUGUACGAGCAAGGCGAGGUCAAGCAACUGAUAGCCACAGUCUUGCUGAAAGGGCAAGAAGAGAAAAGAUCAGUGAGAGGAUGAGAAUUCUCCAAGACCUCGUCCCUGGGUGUAAUAAGGUCAUUGGCAAGGCGCUGGUUCUUGACGAGAUCAUAAAUUAUAUCCAAUCAUUACAACGUCAAGUUGAGUUUCUCUCGAUGAAAUUAGAAGCAGUCAACACUAGAAUCCCUCCGGGUAUUGAAGGAUUUCCCUCAAAAGAUGCAUUUGAUUCUUCGGGAAUGGGAUAUGGUUCACAACCUCCAAGAGAUCAGUAUGUUCGAGGUUCAUCACCUGAUUGGUUGCACAUGCAGAUUGGUGGUGGAUUUGAUAGACAAACGUGACAGAAGCUUUCGUUGUUUCAAGCUGGAAAUAAGACGAUCCAUUUUAGCUAGAAGUAGUUCAUACUCCUUCAAUGACUGUAAUAUUAUACAUCCAGUACUUUGAUACCAAUAGAGACUUUACUUCCAUUACUAAAUCUGGUGUGAAGUACACUCUGUUUAUGUAAGAACUAAGAAUACUUCAAUUGAAUUUUACGCAUCAUGAUGCCUUCUACA